AUGGCAGGAAUUAUGCAAAAGAUCAUGGGAGGGAACAAGCAGGAAGAAGACAAGAACAAGCACCAGGUGGAUCAGCACAAUCACCCGGUGGGUCAGCACAAUCACCCGGUGGAUCAGCACCAACAGGGGAAUAAGGAGGGUGGUGGGUUCAUGGACAAAGUGAAGGGCAAGAUCCAUGGAGGAGGACAGAAAGGAGAGAAUCAAGAGUACAAGGAGGGCAAGGGAGGCGAGAAGAAGAAGAAGAAGGAGAAGAAGAAUAAGAAGGAAGGCAAACACGACGGCGAUAGCAGCAGCAGCGACAGCGACUAGAUCCCUCUCCCAUACCCACCACUCUCGUCUCUC